AUAAACGACCACGACGACGCUAUGAAGAAAUCGAGCGAAUGUACAAGUGUGGUUGGAAUAACUGUGAAAAGGCGUAUGGUACACUUAAUCAUCUAAACGCACACGUUACGAUGCAGAGUCAUGGCCAAAAACGGACACCCGAAGAAUUCAAGGAGAUCCGUAAGGAAUGGAAAGCCCGUAAAAAGGAGGAAGAGCAGGCUCGGAAGGCUGCUGAGGAGGCAGAACGUCAGCGUCAUGUUGCUGCCGCCCAGGCUCAGAAUGGAGGUGCCGACCCGCAAGCAGGCGAUUCAGGCCAAGCGCAAACAUCAUAUACAGCUAGUCGACAAGUUCAGCUCCCGCCUAUUGGAUACCAGUCAGCUCAGUACCCUGCACCUCCAUCGGCAGCUGUACCGCAGCAACCGCUCCCCGAAUACAGCCCCACAAACCAUAUGUAUUCUGGUUACCAACAACCGGCAUCACCUUACGGACCGCAGAAUCAGAAUAUGUAUAGCCAACGUGAAUGAGGAUGAGGAAUUUCGUCAAUGGUGCUCGGUGGCACCGGCUGCUAUUAGGUAGCUGUUCAACCUCCAGAGUCGUCAUUGUCGAAAUACCUUUUCUUCUUUUCCCUUUUACUAAAGAAUGAGAUUACCAAAAAGCUUAUAAAAACAGCUCCUUCUGCCCGGUGUACGAUAUGCAGUGACUCCUUCGCAACAAAAACAUACACCUUCUGAUUCGAUAGGAUGGUAGAGACGGGGUGCUUAUGGUCAUUUUUACGACAGCAUUGCCUUGGGAGUAUUACUUGCUCGAGUCGGGGUGGAUGAUUCGCAGCAAAUGCAUUCUGAUGACCAAUCUUGAUUUCUCGCAUAACAGCAUCGGGGCCUCGGACGGGGGAGGGUG